AACUCCCCCACUUCCCGUUUCCCCCUUUAUAGUCUUCCCACCAUCACCACCAUCAUCUCUCUCUCCAUUCCUCUCUAGGCCUCACCCAUAUUAGCGUUAUUGCAAAAGAGAGGGGGAGUAGAGAGCAGAGACGAGGGAGUGAAGAACAGCUCUCGCUCUCCCUCUCUCUCUCGCUCUCUCUCUCUCUCUCUGCGUCCCGUUCAACUCUGUACAGUUCACUCACAGAACCACAUCGACGCGCUUGUUGAACUGAAUUUGGUAAGAGGAUGAUGUGGUCUCAUGAGCCGGCAACCGAGCAGAAGGCCUCGCCGACUCGGCGGAGCUCCGUCGCCAAGCUGACGACGACCUCCUCGUCCUUGGUCAACCUCCUCUCCGUCUUCCUGGGAGCCAACUCCCCGGAGCCCAGGCCGAGGCGGAGCUUCGACGCCGGCGGGGUCGGGCUCGGCAUCGUUGCAGACAUGAGCCGAGCCUGUCUGACCGGGGCCGAGCCGAUCGCCAUCGGCCCCGCGGCCAGGCGCCGCGCGCGCGAGGAGGACGAGCUCUCCGAGAGCUACACUUGCGUCAUCACGCACGUGGCCGGCGCUGGCGGCGGCAGCGUCCGCAAGCGGGUGUACCGCGGGUUCGGGGACGGCGACGGCUGGCUUGUGGAAGCCGAUGAUGAGGUGCCUGCGCAGGCGGCCGACUUCCUGAGCCGCUGCUGCCUGUGUGACAAGAGGCUUGAUGGGCUCGACAUCUACAUGUACAGGGGUGAGAAAGCUUUCUGCAGCUCGGAGUGUCGAUGCCAUCAGAUGCUAAUGGACGAUCGUGCUGAGAACUGCAGAUCUGAAGCGCUCAGGGCUACUGAUUACUCAGUAUCGCCGCACUCUGCCCCGAUGGCCUUAUCACCAAGCGUAGCAGCGGCAUAGUUGACCUACUCCAUGAUGCUGCUAAGCUGCUCCCCAAUCAACAAAGAGUAUAGAGAUGAAACAGCCCAUUUAAACGAAUAGAACAUAUAGAGUAAUUUCUUAAAGUGCUUCUUAAUCAUGACAUGAAUAAAAGAGAGGAAGAAAAUUUUGAGAUACUGCUCACUCUUUUCUGUAUGAAGUGGAAGUGAUUAGCAAAGAAAUUUGAUACCCUGUCUCAAAUGAUAUCAUGCUUCAAGAACUUUGUUUUA